AGUCCCACCGAAACCGCAAAGCAAAAAGGUUUCCAGGCCCAGAUCCUUCCGAGUCUCCGGCAGGGGCCGCUGCAGCCGGGGCGGGACCCUAGGCUGCUGAGCGCUCCGCCCUGCGGCCUCUCCUGCUAGCUCCGUUCUCACCGCCUCCUGUAGCCUUCGGAGAAGUAGCACUUCAAAGAAAACCUGAUGCAACUACUCCAGACUGUGCCAAGUCGAUUCAUUUCUCAGCUGUGUCGUAGACUGAAGCCUCUAGCCUCCCCACAAAACAAGAUCUGCCUCACCAUGGCUCGUCCAAGUUCAAACAUGGCAGAUUUUCGCAAGUGUUUUGCGAGUGCAAAGCACAUCGCCAUCAUCUCAGGCGCUGGCGUUAGUGCGGAGAGUGGAGUCCCAACUUUCAGAGGAGCUGGGGGUUACUGGAGAAAAUGGCAAGCUCAGGACCUGGCCACUCCUCAGGCCUUUGCCCGCAACCCUUCACAGGUGUGGGAGUUCUACCACUACCGGAGGGAGGUCAUGCGGAGCAAGGAACCCAACCCUGGACACCUGGCCAUCGCCCAAUGUGAAGCCCGGCUGCGUGACCAGGGCCGACGGGUUGUAGUCAUCACCCAGAACAUAGAUGAGCUGCACCGAAAGGCCGGCACCAAGAACCUGCUGGAAAUCCAUGGAACCUUAUUUAAAACUCGGUGCACCUCAUGUGGCACUGUGGCUGAGAAUUACAAGAGUCCAAUUUGUCCAGCUUUAGCAGGAAAGGGGGCUCCAGAACCAGAGACUCAGGAUGCCAGAAUCCCAGUCGACAAACUUCCCCGGUGGGGACGUCCUCUGUGGUCUACCCAGCUGCCAUGUUUGCCCCUCAGGUGGCUUCCAGGGGAGUCCCAGUGGCUGAGUUUAACAUGGAAACUACCCCAGCCACCAACAGAUUCAGGUUUCAUUUUCCAGGACCCUGUGGGACUACUCUUCCUGAAGCCCUCGCUCCUCAUGAAACUGAAAGGGUGUCUUAAUUGUCCUUUGGAAAGAGGAGAAGACCAUGGAGCACAUAACCAGGGCACUAGCAGGAGAAGGGGUUUUGUGGAUGGUGAGCUGAACUUUGGAAAAUCAAAACAUGCCCUUCAAGCCCCUAGAGGACAGUCAGUCUGUGAAGUGAUUGGGCUUCAAAUCACCAACAGCAAAUGUGUUUUUCUCUGGAGAGGUCGGCAGACUGUCAAGUUCAUCCAUAUUAUUUGAUUUCAACUAAAAUAAGAGUAUUUAGAUUUGCUGUUCUUGGUCAGUUACUAGGAGGAAAAUUUGUAAUUGAAUUGCUUGAGAAGAAGGUAAUUAUGAUGAUUGUUUGCAUCUAGCAUUCAUUAACAUGCUGAAAGUUAAACCCUA